AUGGAGGCUGUUAAAGCUCUGCCCUUCCUUGUUUUCUUCAGCUACAGUAAAUGCGAGUCUCUCCAAACAAGUUUACUCCACGCAGCCAGGCAGCGUGUUAAUGGUCAGGAUCACCUGGAGGAGAACUUAGGACUCAGUGUCAGUGUUAUGGUGACUCAGUUUCUUCAGGAUGCAGCUUAUGACGAAGUCCAAACCGUAGCUCAGGAGCUGCUGGAUCUUGCUGAAAGGUGUAAGCAUCUCAAACCACGGAAGUCGCCCUCAGAGUGUGCUCAUCAUCUGAUGGCUUCCUUCCUGACACAUAUUUGCAACAACCAUGGACUGGUGGACCGUCAUGUGUUUACUGACUGUUGUAAGAUGAAAAAUGCAGCAAGACUCAGCUGUUUCUUGUCCUACAAGAAAGACGAUGCAGACAGCCAUGAUACAUCCUUGUUUCCAAGGCCUGAACUGACCUGUGAGGUGGCCAAGGAGAAAAACGUGUCCCUGAAGGCAAGGUUCAGCUAUGAAACAUCUAGAAGACAUCCAUUCUUGUUCGGACCCACUAUCUUGACCACGUCUGCUUGCUAUGAAACAGCUGUUCAGUCAUGUUGUCAAGAAGAGAAUAAAACAGAGUGUCUUCAGACAAAGCUAGAACCCAUUAGAAAAUACAUUAGAGGAAUAUCUGCAAGGCAUCAUCACUUAUGUGAAAUUGGCACCAAAUUCAAUGAGAAAGUGUCAAGUGCGGUAGAGUUGAUUCUACUCACUAAAAAGCAACCUAAAGCUAAGUUUUCUGAAAUCGCCAAAUUGACCGUGGAUGUUAAAAAUCUGCAUGAGAUCUGUUGUGAAGGAAAUACGUUAGCAUGUGCCCUGGGCAGGCGCCAGCUUAUGAACUACACCUGCUCUCACCAGGCUGUGUUAUCCAGCAAGUUUGCCGAGUGCUGUGAACUGCCGGAACCAUUCCGCGGGGAAUGCAUCAUCACCUCGGAAAAUGACGACAACCCCGACCUUUCGCCCCUGCUGCUCACGAGGUUCACAGAAGACCAGUCCGUGUGCGAACAAUUCAGCGGCAACCAGGAUGACUUUCUACAAGAGUUCCUUUAUGAAUACUCAAGAAGGCACCCAGAGUUGGCGGUUCCCGUGAUCUUAAGAGUCUUUGAAACAUAUAAACGUGUACUGGAGAAUUGCUGCAAGUUAGAGAACCCUUUGGAAUGCCUCCAGCUUGGGAAAGAGGUGUUUCACAAGGUGGUCCUUGAAAGCCGUGACCAUGUUAAAGCGUACUGUGACUUACACAAGCAGCUGGGCGGCAAGUUCCAGGACAGGCUCACGGUGCUUUAUACUAAGAAAAUCCCACAGCUGUCUGCCCAAGAGCUUGUGGUGUUCGCCAAGAAGAUGGCAGCGGCUGCCAGCAGAUGUUGCCCACUCAGGGAUGAGCUGCAGCCGGCCUGUGUGGAGGACCAGGCAAAGCUGAUUCUCGGAGCUCUGUGCAGAAGCCAUGGUAGGACGCCUGUCAGUGCUGGAGUGGGCCGCUGCUGCGACGACUCCUACGCCUUCAGAAAACCGUGCUUUGAUGACCUGCAAGAGAACGGCACUUACAUUUCUUCACCUUUAUCAUGUGACCGAGCCAUCAGCCUUAAAGAGGACUUGUGCCCAGCUCAGGACGUGGAACUCCAAAUUGAAAAGCAAAAACUCCUCAGUAACCUGGCGAAGCAGAAGCCACACGCAGCAGAGGACCUGUUCCAUUCCCUUGGCGAGGAUUUCUUGCACGUGGUGGAGAAGUGCUGUCAUGCGCAGAGGAGAGAAGUGUGUUUUCAAGAAGAGGGACCUCGACUGACCACAAGGUGCCAGUCCCUCUUAGAGGCCGCCUCCCCCCAGAGCGGGUUGGUGUAGGAUCAUCACUGAGACCAGUUGACGGAGAGCCUUCUCUUCCGCUCAGUGCUGUAGCAGAACACUAGCUGGUCCACACCACCUUUCCUUUCCCCUCAGCAGAUGCCACAUGGGCUCCCAGAUCAGCCCCUCAGAGCUCUCCCACCUCACGGCCUGCAUCUCAAGGGCAGUGACAGAGACACGAACCCAAAGACCAUUCAAGGCCUCCAACCAACUCAGUGUGCAGCCACGCCUGGCUGGGGACUGCUGCUGGGCGCCCCCAGGGAAGACUUCAAGGUCAACAUGGAGCUGUCCUGCACCACUUCCGAAUGACUGAAUGGAGGGAAAUGCAUGAAUAAGGCGACCUUCAUGACUGGGCCCUGGCUCUCCCGUGUGUAUUCAAGGUUGACGUUGCCAGCAAUGGCACCCAAUACAUUUGUA